AUGAACCCAAUGGAUUUUUCCAACGGAAACCUUCAGCAAAGAAAGUUUCUUGACAGUCACUGGUCUCACUUGGCCCUCAUCAUCAAUGGAGCGGUGAUAGACACGAUAAGUUUAGUAAAAUUGGUUUUCCAAUAUGGUCAGUACAAGACCAGUGGUCAGGGAAGUGGCUUGGGAUGUGGGUGGUGCCUAACAAUUGGCUCAAAACAUCAAUUGCCUACUUGUACUUGUCUCUUCUACAAGAUUGGUGGGAUGCCAUUGCAAACCACAACAGAUUGCAGAAGCAAGACGACAGAGGUAUAUGGAUUUGCAUCUGCUUUAAGAUAUUCUGAGAAGCUGGUGAAGAAAUCUACAACGAUAUGGAUCCACACCAUCAUGAUCUCGUUCAAUGGCUAUGACCAACAUUGA